UUUCUCUUUUUCUUUGUUAUAUUAAUACCUCAGUUUAUGGAUUUGGAUUAGUGAUUUGAAGUUGACUUUGUAGGUGUAUUCCAAAGGGGUUGUGGGCCCUGUGCUUGUUAAGCAGAAUCUUCUCUUUGUUGGCAGACUAAGCUAAGAGAGAAUCAUAAGAGUUUGGAAUCACAGAUAAUAACUAGGAGAGAGAGAGAGAGAGAGAGAAUGGGUUGUGUUUGUGGAGGGGAUUUCUAGAGGGACAACAUUAAAAGGGACAGUCAGUUCAGACCCUACACCCAUAUUUAUGUUGUUCUUGUUGCUGCUUGUCAGACAACCACAUGUAGUUUUUGGAAAAUACUAUAAUUUUCUUGCAAAGGUUACAUUUUUACUACAUAUAGGAACAGGAAAAAUCUCAUCUUUGGAAAUAUCCAAGAAAUCUUUGCAUAAUCUCAGUUAGAGCAUCUAUUGGUAAUUUGGCAGAUUUUGUUUUGCAAAGCUGAAGUCUUUUAGAUAAAGACUGAUUACCAGAAAUUUGGGUCUAGUGACAUUUUGAUGUCAAUGGAUGAAAGAUUUGUUGUUACCAAUACUUUCUUGACUACUCAAUUUGAUACCUCCAUGGAUUUGGAUUACAUGGAUGAACUGUUGUUAGAAGGGUGCUUUUUGGAGACUAUUGAUGAUCGUGAUUUCGUGCAUCAUAGACCAUCCAUUUCCAAUAUGCCGUUUGACUCUUCAUUUGUGUGGCCUACUUUAUUAGACGCCAAUGGUGUCGAAUCUAGUGGAAGCCCAUCGAAAGAUGGCCAACAAGAAAGGCAAAGGUCAUCUUUCUCCAAGACUUUAUCCAUAAGCCAAUUCCAAGAGCUAAAUUCAGCUAAAGUUCAGUCUUUUGGUGAGAAUUCGAUUAGCGCCAUGUGCAGUUCAGGUCAAUCUGAAAAUUGUUUAUUUGACGCUCCUGAACUGAGUAGGAGGUGGUGGAUCGGACCCAAUGCUUCUUCAUCUGUAAUGGACAGAUUGAUUCAGGCACUUGGAUACAUAAAGAAUUUCUCCAAAGACAAGGAUAUCCUUAUUCAAAUAUGGGUACCCAUAUACAGGGAUGGCAAACGCGUACUCUCUACAAAUGAUCAACCUUUCUCGCUAGACCUUAAUUGCCCUAGGCUUGCCCACUACAGACAAGCGUCUUUAAGCUAUCAAUUUCCUGCAAACGACGAUUCUAAAGAGAUUGUUGGAUUACCGGGUAGAGUUUUUCUGGAUAAAGUUCCUGAGUGGACUCCUGAUGUUCAGUAUUUCCAAAUGGAAGAGUAUCCGCGUGUUGGACAUGCACAGCAGUAUAACGUACGAGGCACCCUUGCUGUUCCUGUGUUUGAACAAGGCAGUCGUAACUGCUUGAGUGUUAUUGAAGUUGUCAUGACCACACGGAAGAUCAAGUAUAGCUCUGAGCUUGAAAGUGUCUGCAAAGCUCUUGAGGCUGUUGAUCUUCGGAGUUCUGAAGUGUCAAGCACUCUGACAGCGAAGGCAUGUGAUUUGGCCUACCAAGCCGCGUUAUCUGAAAUUCUAGAGGUUCUGAAAUCUGCAUGCAAGACGCAUGGAUUGCCAUUAGCUCAGACUUGGGUACCUUGCAUUCAACAUGGUAAAGGGGGUAGCCGCCACUCUAAUGUAAACCUCGUUCGUUGUGUUUCCACAGAGGAUUCUGCUUGCUAUGUAGCUGAUCCUCGAGUUCAGGGUUUUCAUGAAGCUUGCUCUGAGCACCAUUUGCUGAAAGGUCAGGGUGUUGUCGGGAGUGCAUUUAUGACAAACCAACCGUGUUUUACGGCUGAUCUAACUUCCUAUAGCAAGGCAGAAUACCCACUUUCUCAUUAUGCAAGAAUGUUUGGGUUGCAUGCUGCUGUAGCUAUACGUCUGCGGAGUAUGUCAACUGGCUCAUCUGACUUUGUAUUGGAGUUCUUUUUACCGCCAAAUUGCAGAAAUCCUGAAGAACAUAAAAGAAUGCUCACUUCAUUGUCCAUUAUCAUACAAAAUGUUUGUCAGACAUUCCGGGUAGUGACAGACAAAGAAUUACAGGAAGAAAUUGUCUCUUUAGGUGAAGUGACAAGCCUUGCAGCUAGUGAAUACAGUGAAGAGGUGAGAGAACAAGAACGCAAAGGAUCCAUUGUAUCUUCACAAGAAAGGACGUCGUGGACCUCUAGUCAUGUAGAGGUCCAGGAGACGUCUAGUGUUGUUUCAGCAUUCCAAGAUGAAACAGUUGAAGUGCUGACUGAAGAACCUGUAACAUUUAGGAACCAAACGAAUUCUGGUUCAGCGACCACUUUUGCCUUUAGCAGAAACUAUCGUACUUCUGGGGAGGGCAUCUCUCAUACUUGGCGUAAAGCAAGAGACAGAAGACGUUUGAAGGCAGAGAAAAAUAUUACAUUGCAAAUUCUUCAGCAGUACUUUGCUGGUAGCCUGAAGGAUGCUGCAAAAAGCAUUGGUGUUUGUCCUACCACUCUGAAGAGGAUAUGCAGGCAACAUGGAAUUCAACGAUGGCCUUCUCGGAAGAUAAAGAAGGUCGGUCUCUCCUUAGAAAGGAUCCAACGUGUCAUCAACUCAGUCCAAGGUGUCUCUGGCACUUUACAAAUUGAAUCCUUCUAUUCAGACUUCCCAGAAUUGGCAUCUUCAAAUAUAUCAAGAUCAAGUCUCUUUGUAGAUCCAACGUCGAAUAAUCAUCUGGAGGACUUGAACAGGCAACCAGAAAGUGGUGGUAACAAUGCUGCUACAUAUAAGUCAGUCUCCUCGUCCUGUAGUCAAGGUUCCAGUUCAAGUCAACGAUCAACCGGGACACAGCCACAUCCUUACCCGUCAAAAGUUGCAGGUCACGAAGAUCCAGUGGUCGAGGAAGCGUCUGAUAAUCAUGCAUUAAAAAGGGUUAACAGUGAUGCUGAGCUGCAUUUAUCAAGUGAAGCACUAAAUCCACAGCCAAGAUCUCAAAGCCACGCGUCUCUUACUGAGAGUCCUAAAUCAGUAAGUCUUUCGCCAGUAAAAAAGAGUCUGUGGAGAUCUCAAGAAGGUGCCCCAAGAAUAAAAGUAAUACACGGAGAAGAGAAGAUUAGAUUCCGCAUGCAAAAGAAUUGGGGAUAUAAAGAACUGAUGAGAGAAAUUGUCAGGCGCUUUGGCGUAGAUGAUCCAAGUGGAUUUCACCUUAAAUACUUGGAUGAUGAUUCUGACUGGGUAUUAUUGACGUGCGAAGCUGAUCUGGAGGAAUGUAUCGAUGUUUGUUGGUCUUCCCAAAACCAAAUGAUUAGACUCCUGUUUCUUUGUGAUUCACAGCCUCAUUUAGGAAGCUCUUUUGGUAGCAGCAGUUCCUUGUGAGAAUUGUGGACAUUUCGUAUAGCCUGAACUGCAGUUGAGUACUAGGAAUGGAUGUUUCUUGCUCUGUCGUUCACGAUUUGCAUAUGAUAUGAUGAACUGGAGACAUCUUGAUUCCUAAACAUUGCAGAAAAAGCUAUCCUAGUUCAUAUGGUCAUAGUGGCAUCUAUGAUAUCCUGAAGCUGAAAUCUCUAACUCAAGAUCCUGACAAAACCUGUCUCCUUGAAACUACCUCUCACCAAUUGGUAUCAGCUCACUGAUGGUAGCGCGAAGAUCGAUUUAGUAACGGACUUGGACGAUGGAUUCUUGGUUUUACAGGUCGGAUUGUGGUUUACCAAUUGUCUUAUGCUGAUCUUGGAGCUUGAAAAAUCACAAUGUAGCAGUGGGAGAUAGAAAAAUCACACAAUGUAUCAAGAUCAUACUCUUAACUCUUCGGGGAUAGAAAAAUCACAUCACUGGAGCCGUAGGGGUGUUCAAACCGAAUCGGAAAACCGCACCAAAACGAAAAGUCAAAUCAAACCGAUUAAAAACGCCGAAUAGGUUUGAUUUGAUUUGGUUUGGUAUUGAGUAAAAAAAUUCCGAACCAAACCGACAUAUAAAUAUAUAAUU